AUGAAAGGCAGAACUUGGCGAAAACGUCAACAAAAGUUUGUGACGAAAGAGUUGGUUAAACCUAUCGACCACACUGAGAUUGAAGAAAACAAACAUCUUGGGAAGUGGGUUAAAAAGAUGGGAACGAAAAAGCAUCGAUUGCAGUCUAGAAUAUUUCCAGAAACUGGUCGAGGUAUGAUGGCCCUAUCUAAUUUUUCUCCUGGAGAUGUUAUUAUUUCUCUGCCCUUUAACCUACUAAUUACAGCUGACACAGUUUUAAACAGUACAAUAGGACAUUACAUCAAGAGCUACAAUCCUAAACUAUCAUUACAUCAAGCGCUGGCAUUAUUCUUAUUAUUCGAGAAAAACAAGGGGGAAGACUCUAUUUGGUGGAAUUAUCUCCAGACCAUACCUAAAUCAUUUACAACAGUUGGCUACUUCUCACAGGAGGAAUGUGUACGAUUACCAGAACGACUUCAAAAUUCUGUUCAAAUUCACAUUACAAAAUUACGUAAAGAUUAUAGACAUUGUCAAAAACUUUGGUUUAUGCGAGGACUAUAUUUAAAUUUUGAAGCAUUCCAAUGGGCAUGGUAUGCUGUGAAUUCUAGAUCAGUGUAUUAUAAGACAACUUGUGAUCAUCUUGAAGAAGAAGAGUGUAACAUGGCCUUGGCUCCAUUUCUUGAUUUACUUAAUCAUUCUACAGAGGCUAAGUCAGAAGCCAAGUUUAAUACAAUAAAUCAGUGCUAUGAGAUUACUACUGGUAACAUCUUUAGAAAAUAUGACCAGGUUUUUAUUUCGUAUGGACCACAUGAUAACCACAAACUAUUCUUAGAAUAUGGUUUUAUACUUCCAAACAAUCCCAACUCAGUUUACCCCAUUACUCAAGAAAUGAUAUUUGAGUUAGCAAAUCAAGAAAAAGUGAAGCAUUUUAGUCAGAAAAUACAGAUUUUAAAAGACAACAACCUUCUCAAAGAAUCAACUUGCAGUAAUGAAGGGGUUGAUUGGAAAUUGGACAAAGUCUUCAAAAUCUUAUCAUGUAACUGGACACAAUUGCAAAACUGGAAACAAAUAAUACUUGGAACAGUUUUGUAUCUUGAGGUAGUUCAAGAAUCAAGAAGAUUGUCUUUAAUUUUAUUAAACAAAGAACUUGAUAAAACUUUACAACAAAUUCAGAGCCAGAAACCACCAAUAAAUUAUCAUGAAGAGAUCUGCAACAAUUUACUACUGGAAGACCUGAAGAUUUUACAAACAUCAUUAAAAUUACAAGUCUGAAU